AUGAGGGAAGCUACGCAACCACCGUCAUUGCACACCCUCGCCACCCCCUUCUGCUUCGUACAGGCAAAUGUGCAGUCAAAUGCCCUGUGUCUUUGUAUACCGUGUACUUCCCUUUCUUGUUGUUUCUUUUAUUCCAUUAUUGCUUUUCAGCUCUCAUCCCAGUGA